CACCCCACACCAACACACACUACAGUCUCAAGUCGGCCAUGUUUGAUUUGCAGUGUCCCUUCAUGAUGGAUUCCCAGUUUGAAAAGUGGCGCCAGCUCCAGGAGGCGCCACAAGCUCCACAUACAAAGAAGAGAAAGCGAGAGGAAACAAGCCAUGAGCUGUGACAGUGAAGCCAGGAAAUCAAAAGAGCUUGUUGCGAGACUGUCAUCAGCCCUAUCCACACUCGUGGAUGCUGCCCGCCAACAUGGACAUCUCCUGGUGAGGAGCGGCGUCCCCAGUGACAACAACACCCCUGCAAGACAAGCAGCAAGUCUAGCAGGACCCGGGGACAGGCUGGCUGAGGUGGCAGAAGCAUGGUCCAAGGGAGAGAACUCCUGGCAGUCGCCACUUGUCCUCACUGGUGAUGAAGCAGCACUCAGUAGGACAGACGUAUUUCACAGGAGAGUGACAUUCAAGGGAGACAAUCCUGUCGUCCAGUACCUUGAUGAUCACCACUACUUGAUACCACCUCGAUCAUCAUUCGUCAUGUCCGACUUCGACCAGCUGCUGCAGAACGCCGACACUUUACGGGUUUCAGGUGGGUAUGAUUUGAUCGUUGUCGACCCUCCUUGGCAGAACAAGUCUGUGAAGAGGAAGAGGAGCUACUACAGUCUAGAGGAGGAGUCCUUGCUUCAGCUUCCGGUGUCUGACUUAGCUUCACCCAACUGCCUGAUUGUUGUGUGGGUCACAAACAAGCCCCGCCUUACUGCCUUUGUGCAGGACCAACUGCUGCCACACUGGGGCAUCAAGCAGAUCGUGCAGUGGCACUGGGUGAAGGUGACAGUGGAUGGGACCAUGGUCUGUGAUAUUGACUCCCCUACAAAGAAACCAUACGAAACUCUGCUUCUUGGACGUCUGGUGAGGAAGGGAGGGGAGGUAACUCAAGAGAGCCAGGCAGGUCCACCUGACACUUCAGCAAAGGGAGCAAACUCACCUGAUGCCACCCAUGUUAACGUAUCGGAGGGUAACGUGUCAGAUCUGCCAGACAGUCGUGUGAUCGUCAGUGUGCCCUGCAGUCUCCACUCCAAGAAACCACCACUUCAAGAUGUUCUGGCCCAGUAUCUCCCGCCAACACCAGCAUGUCUGGAGCUGUUUGCCAGGAACUUGUGGCCAGACUGGGUCAGCUGGGGACAUGAAGUACUCAAGCAUCAGCAUAUGGACUACUAUGAGGAGAAGACAUAGACCAUGUCUUAGAGGGUAAUCAAAGCAGGCAACAUUUUCUGACCACAGUGACUGGCAGCCAUGGAGACUGUGUCUUAAAGGGACAUUCUAUGCAAGGAAUACAACAUGCCGUGAAGAUCCGGAUCUUCAGCAGCCUAUGAUUGUCGUAAGAGGCGGCUAUCGGGAUUGGGUGGUCAGACACAUGUCAUCAUAUCCCAGUUACAUGGAUCGAUGUUCGUGAUGUUCAUCACUGGAUUGUCUAGUCCAGACUCGACUAUUUACAGACUGCCAUAUUGCUGGAAUUUUGCUGAAUGUGGCAUUAAACACCAACUAACCAUGCCCGGAACAAGGCUGAUCCCUGUGACUGGUAGCCAUGGAGACCAUGUCUUAGAGGGACAUUCCAUGCCAGGAAUACAACUGAUCCCAGGGUCUGGCAGCCAUGGAAACCAUGUCAUAAAGGGACAUUCCAUGCAAA